AUGACACCCAGCGCGGUGUGCCGGAUCUUUCAAGAGCCAGGUCACGAGCACCUCGUCGCCGACCGCAUUCUCGCUCUUCUCGAUUGGCGUUCAAUUCUGUCCAUCGGACAAACGUGCACCUACCUCAACAAACUCGUCACAACCCGCUCCAGUCUCCAGUUACCUCUACGUAUUGCCUACUAUGGCUUCCCGCCAUCGUAUGCCGACUUUGACCAUCCGAUCUCUGGACCAACCAGUUCGGCAGCCGCGCGACUGGACCGCCUGAUCGACAUUCAGAAGGGCUACAUGCGUCUCAAGCCAAAGCGCAUACAAUUCCUCCAGUUAUCGCCUCCCUUGACGACAUGGGUCGCGACUUGUGGCCUGGUCGUGGCUGGUAUCAACGAAAAGGGUCCCGAGCCAGGUUCAAGUGAGAACAAGACCUGUGCCAUGCUUGCCAGCGGCUGGCAGGUCUACGACACUUUCCAGCUCCGUGACACUGGCAAUAAGCCGCAACCGGCAUUCACUGUCUUGUGCGAUACACCCUUCCAACUCUUCGAUGCUUGCCGUGAGGACAACCUGGUAGCAACGUCCAAGGUAGACCGCCUUGAUAACGACCUGUUCCGCGUUACAAUCCGCUUCUUCCUUUUGGAGCCGCGCAUUGGCACAUGGGAGGAGAGCGUGGAUGCCAUCCCCCACCCUCUGGCCAACAGGGAUACCAUUACGUUCUACGAAGUGUGCCGUGAGAGCCAGUUUGAUGAAAGCAUACGAGAGCUCUAUUGGGAUCGGAUGUGCCCACUUCAAAUUGGUCCGGACGGCUCCCUUACUGCCUUUCUAGGCGACCUUCACAGCACCCGGCUGUUUAACUGGAGGACCGGAGAAGAGUUAGCAUGCUUCUACCCACGGACGGACGGAUUCAGCUCCCUCCGAAGCGUACCUCUUGGUGAUGAUUCGCUCUUGGUCACGGGGUACGACGGAGGUGUUCACCACAAUACGGUAGGCACUUGCGAUGACCACCGCAAUGUCUCCCUGGGUAUCGUCACAGGCGACACGAGUGAUCACAGUGACCCCGAUCCUUGGUUCUACUUGUCGACUGGCUCUGUUGCUGGUCGCCUUCGCUUGCCGGACUGGUACUCGUAUGGUUUAUCCGACGACCGCUCCCUCGGCAUCGACUAUCAUAACCACCUGCUGGCUAUCAACUCAUGCGUCACCCACUACAAGCCGAACGGCGAACCACGUUGUCUUGUCAACACCUCGACCGUGCUAAAGAUUGCAGACAUCAAGAAAUCUGCCCAGGCGCAGCGCAAAGCCAACCUCUCCCACCUUAUCUUCCCCCUUCGCCAGAUGAAGACCGAGGUCGACUUCUCCGUCGCUGCGGGUGUUGUAACUACCAUCAUUAGCGGGUACCGAGCGUUGGCAGUUGUGAAAAAGCAAUCCCAAGAUCAGCAUUAUCGAUACAAGAUCCAUCUGACACACUAUUCAUUCAAGGCCGGCGACGACCCCGUCCAUACCGCCCCCCUCGGAGGCCUUCCUCCUCAGAACCCACCCGUUCCACCCCUUACCAGCACCCCCCAGCAAGUCGAAGCUGGCAUUUCCGAGCCGUGGGACGCGACUCGAACCCCGGGCGAGUGGGGGAGCGAAAUGUUGCCUGAGCUGCUGGUCCAUGAACCUGGCUGGCUCCGUACCUCUGCCGCUCUCACACACGAAGUCCUUGGCGGGACCCGAUACGAUCGAUACGUCCAAGGCGACGCAAGCAACGUCUAUGUCUCCUUUGCAAGUGGUUUAGAGUGUCGUGACUGGGUCAGGCCGACGGAAGCAAGUUUCCGCCUCGGUGGCAAAACACCGUCAUCUACUGCCCAACGGAUCGUCCUCUUCUUUCGUCACGCUUCCAUCCACUCUUCACGCUUCACACACCUUCCACACAUCCACCUCAUUGACAUGGAGCCCUCAGCGGCCACCAGAGUCUUUCAGCGUCGUGGCCACGAGUGGCUUGUCGAGUGCAUGCUCGGGUACCUCGACUGGCGUUCGAUUCUGCGUGCCGGAAUGGCCUGCACAAACCUCAACGACAUUGUGACUGGUAGCUCCCAUCUUCAGCUGCGCCUGCGUGCCGCCUUUUAUGGAUUCCCCUCCAGCUACGCCGACUUUGACCACCCGCUGUACGAUCCAUUCCCAUCAACCUCGGAGCGGAUGGAGCGACUCUUAGAGGUCCAAAACAACUGGGCCAACCUAAAGCCCAAACAGAUCCACGUCUUCCGGUACAAGACUUCAUCCACUCACUAUAGGGUCACAUGUGGCCUUAUCAUCGCCCCCAAGGCCUCUCACUCAUGGGGUGGCACCGGUCCCACGUCAAGUUGGAAUUCGUGGUGGAUUUGGGACGCGUACAACCUGCGCGACACGCCCUACUCUGCCGACACGUACAACCUGCGCAACGCCAACCCCACAAGCCCACAACCCAUCGCGGUGGCAAUGGUUGAUGAUUUCGAGGCCAUGGACGCGUCCCGAGAGGACAACCUGGUCGUCGUCUCCCACACAAAGCUCGUCAACGACGAUUUCCACGUCACGCUGUCGUUCUUCCUGUUGGAACCUCCGCCUGAGUGGGAUCCGCUGAGACUGUUGGACCCAAAUGACCCGAUGGGCGCGCACUACCGAGCUGUCCCUCACCCCGAUGCUGCGACGAUUACGUUUUCGGAGCGUUCGAGAGACCCCGGGUCCAACAAGCCGAAACGUAUGGUGUGUAGCGUCAAACUCGGUCCCCAUGGAGCCCUGAUGACUACGAUGAACCGUCACAACAGUACUAGGUUGUGGAACUGGCGAACUCGAAAACAAAAGCUGAACCAGUUCAUCUUCAAUCGCGACACCUUGGUAAUCGGAUACGGCCAUCUGCUGUGUGCCGUUCACGACAAGCCCAAAACGGAUGAGAGCGACCGCCACCCGCGCCAGAAUCUCGCCUUGGCCCUCCUCCGAAAAAGGUCGGCUACUUCCAAGAAGACCGAGGAACAGCCAUGGUCGGAAUGGAUCAGGUUUACCAGAGGAACAGUGUGGAGCCGAUUCUGGCUCCCACAUCUGUACGCAGCACGUUCUCCUGAACUAGCCACGGACCGGGACGGACGCCUGUUGGUGAUGACGACAGGUGUGAAGACCAGGUUCUCGGCGAAGAACAACCCGCGGUCUGUCACUACGGUCGUCCCCCUGCGUCAAGUUUAUAGCGCAUUCAAUAAUCAGCGUCCACAGCCUGGUGAAAACAUGGCCCAUCCCCAGGCGUCGCUCGAGAUUCUGCCGAAUGGAGUGGAUAUCACCACUGCUUCCAAACCCACGUCCACCGACCGCACCCAGUCCGCCGUUAGUGGAAUGCGCGUGGUUAAUGUCGAGUGGCAGAACAACAUCCCCACCCACCACCAGGGUCGUCAUUACAACCGCUUCAAUCUUUUCCUCACAAACUAUUCGCUCAAGGGCGGGAGGCACCGAGACUACGUGCACCUUGGACCCCUUGGUGGCCGCCUGCAUUCAAGUGCUCGCGAGGCCCCUCUCACACGGGAACAGCAGACGAUCCCCAUCACGGAACGGCACAUCUCAGGAGCCUGGGAUUGGGGGUGCGACCCUUUCACCCAGUCGCACCCGCUCCUCCACCAAUGCCAGGUCCACGACGCAGGAUAUCAACGCACGGCCGCCGCUCUCGCCGUCCUCCAGCAAGAUUUCAGGCUCGCAUCGGUCAAGGCUGACGCCGACCACCUAUACCUGUUCAGCAGCUCCCGGUCUCUCGUCAUUCUCUCCAUUUAA